UUGGAAAAUAUUGUGAAAAAUAUGGGAGAUUAGGGAUAAAUAUAUUAGUGGUAUUACUUUUAAUUUGAGUUAAAUAGUUCUCUAUUAAUAUUUAAACUAAUUGACGGACGAAAAAUCUCUCGAGAAAAAUAUCUUUUAUUGUUUGGAGAAUUAGAAUAACAGUAAUUUCACUCAGGCGAUAGUAUUAUCUAUGAUGGUCAAGAAGAGGUCUUGGAGGGUGCUGGACUAUUCUGCGAGGUGGUAAUCUUACAGAAGGAAUGCCGAGAGUAUGCUCCUCACUCUGCUCUUAGUAGCAAAAGCAAGCUGUGGCUUGCUACCUGUAGAUUUAUCUGGUAUUUCACCAGGAGCACUUCUUCACUUAGGUCUGGAUACCCCAAGCGGAGGACUCUUGGGCGGCCUGGGUGAAAUCCUAUCUUCUGGCGUCGGCACUGUCGGAUCUCUAGGACAGGGAGUAUUAGGAAAGGUGACUGCUUUAACUCUGCAGCACGAAUCUGAUCCAAGUGACAUAAUCAAUGUAGAGCCUUGGAAACAGGAUUUGUCGUAUCCUGCAUAUUGGUUGGACACCCAUAAGAACGGGUUGGAUCAAAGUAAACAAGUAAGUUAUGCAGAUUGGAUAAAUAAUCGCCAUAAUGCCUAUUAUCACCAGCUUUCACACCACGAAGGUGAUUUAAGUACGUCUUCAGAAUAUUUACUGCCGAAACCGCAUUUAAAUGAUCAAGUUCCUCAGAUUGACAAACCUGCUAAUAAUGUCUUGGAUGGUAGUCAUGUAUAUUUAGACAAAGAAUCCAGUUUAGAUGGUGAUGAACCAAAAAUAGUUCCAUUUUCAACUGAGAGGCCAGACAAAUCUAAUGAAGUAGAUGACGCUAUUCAUUUCCCUGAAUCAGAAGAAAUUAUAAAAAUAAACUCGGAAUCCGAUGAAAAUGUAAAAUCAGAGCCUGCGAGAGAUAUAAUCAUAGUGCAAAAUCCAAAUGUAGGUGUGACGUCACCGUCGCCCGUAAAUGGUAAUAAUCCAAUUAUUAUUUUGCAGCCGGGGAACCAGCCAAGCAAUAAUGGAAUUUAUGUUUUGCCAACUACCUCAAAUUUGGUUAACCAAGAUUUUAAUAGAGUGCCUCAAGUACCCACAGUCUAUGUAGACAACCAGGGUCGUCGAUACUAUAUUAUCCAAACAAAUAACAACAUAGUUAACGAACCGGUACAACCCAUUAAAGUAACGACCCCACCAACUACCCAGGGUAAUAAUCAAAUUUAUGUUAUAAUGAAUAUCAAUGGACAACAAGUGCUGGUUCCAGCUUCUAGAUUGCCUAAUAAUGGGUUACAAAUGGAUAUUAAUGUAAAACCAAAUCCUGCAACUCCAGGACAAAUGUAUGUAUAUGUUCCAUCCAAUAAUGGAGAGAAUAAUGUGGUUACCAAUGCUCCAGUAACAAAUCCUGUCGUAAAUUAUGUCACAACACCUAAAUACAUAAGUUUUGAGAAGGAGCCAGUCACUGAACAAAAUGAUACAGAAACAUCUGAAGUAACUGAAUCUGUUAGUAUGGAAGUCCCUAGUGAUAUAGAAAAUACAAAGGAGGAAUCUGAAGGGAAAGAUACUGAUGGAAUUGUUGAGUCAAUCGGAGAUGACGAUAUACGGAAGUGAUCAAAUGGUGAUGAAGUAUGUCCAAAUUUCAUAUUGUAUAAAUUAUUAUUUUACAAAAAGAUUGUGUUUCAUUGAUAUUAAACUUGUUGAGAAGAGAUGUGAA